UGCACAGUGGCCCAAUUCCAGAAAAACGCGGACAAAAAUGAAAAAAGUGAAGUUCGGAAUUUUGACCUUAGUACCCCGUAAUCCCAUAUAAGGGACACCACUGCACCUCGGUGCAGACCGACAGUCAGUUAUGCCGUCUGCAUAACGUAUGAGAGCAGGUCAAACUGAGUCAGCUGGCCACUGGUCUCGCUCGCAUGUUCUCGUGGUUUGUUUGUAACUUUUGUUUAAACGUGUUUUUUUACAAUCCAGUGUGAUGGAAGGUGAAAUUGAAACAAAUUCCAGUUGUGUCUCAUGCACCCGACAAGAAAUAUUUGAUGCCAUUCGCAUGCAGCUUCUAUCAGAAUAUGGCAAAAAAGUAAAAGAAUUAGAAAAUUAUAUAUCACUGAAAACAAAGAGACCAUUUCAAUGUCACGCAGACGACAAGAUGGCACUGAAAAACCUCUUCCACACUUUAAAAACUAAGUGGAUCGAGUGCAACCGAACAGUCUCACGCUUUUAUAAUAAGAAUAGUGAAUGGCUUAAGGGAACAAUACAACUGGUAACAAUAAUAAAUGAAAUUUACUGUUGUCCGGGUCCCGAGGAAUUAAAAGUUUCGGAAGCAUGUACGAGCAAAGAUGAUAAACCUUCUACAAGUUCGAAACCCAGAGGUCGACCUAUCACAGAUUUCGAGAUGUUAUCCGAUCGAUCAAAAAGGCGGAGGUCAAACCAGUUACUCAAAACGCACAGCACAGCGGAAUUGGCUUUUGCAACGAGUAUGAGUCUUCGUUCAUCUGGAGCCGCCGAUGCUGCCUCUAUUGUCAAGGACGUCACGACUUUAUCUAUCCGAGGAAGCCCAAGAAUCGCGAAAUAAAGAUAUCAAGAAAUACAGAGAAAAUUAUUCGCGAAAGCAUUCUAGGGAAAGUACCAUGAGAGACGUGUUUCAGUGGUUGCUUGUGUCUUCCGAUCCGGUAAUCUCAAGUUUGCGCAU